GCAAAAAAUCGAUCAGCUAGCAGCUGUAUUCAUCGGCCAGAUUCAUCGGUUCGUAAAAUAUUGCGGUCACAGCACCAACAGACCAAGCAAUCUCAUACAGGAUCGAUCCAUAGUGAAAAGAAAUGAUAAAAAUAACAGCAAACAAGGGAACUUGUAAUCUGGAGCUGGUUUGUGUGCCAAACAAAUUUUUAGGUGAAGUGGAGCUGAGGUGGAGUGGAGUUUAGAGGUGGGGUGGAGUUUAAGUGAAGUGAAGGCCUCCCAAACAGGUCCUUCAUGACAUAUAAUUUGUAGCUUAACUCACCUUCAACUACCUACAUACAUAUUUUGGAGCUUAUGUAGUUAGCUCAGGUGGAUUUUUCGUCACUGCAACCAUUUUUCUUAGCUUACAUUCGUCAACCAGGCUACAUUUCUCACUCGCCCUUGUUGGGCUCGAACCAGCUAAUAUCUGGGUUUCACAGAUGAACCGGACCUGAAUUUUGUAGUAUAUGUAAGCUACAAGUUGAUCCAUGGUCUGCCCGCUACCUAGCAUUUCAAAUGAGAUCCAGCAAACCCAUCCUGCAGUAGCCUGGACAGCCUCCCUAUUGGGCUGGGUAACCAAUACUCAGAUAAUUGAGACAGCAAUUUAAACCCCUUAAGCAAUUGCCCAAAUUGUUGAAACAAGUACAGAACAUAAUGAAAGCCACGAGAAAUAAAGUUCUGUACUGCCUGGAACUGAAACAUAAUGAAAAGGCAAGACUGCAAGACCCAGUCAAGAUAACACGACUGCUGUGUUUUGAUUCCAGCAGCUACUGCAGUACCGUGCAAGCUGGAAAUUUAUCCUAUGAGUUUGAGAGGUGGACUUUACAGCACUUGAGUUCUUCUCUUAGAAAAUAUUUUAGGUUGGAAGAGUAAAUCGUCAUACAUGGGUACUUUGAUGAGUCCUUACUAUCUUCUGUCUAUGUUGUACUCCCUCCGUUCCAUAAUUCUUGUCGAAAUUUUACAUGUAUCUAGACACUUUUUAGGAAUAGAUACAUCCAUUUUCGGGCAAAUUUGAGACAAGAAUUAUGGAACGGAGGGAGUGCAUUGUAUCAGUUGCAAAUUCAUGCAAUCAGAGUUGACUUGACCAAACCUGGUCCUGAUAUACAUGGGAUAAGGACACGUUUUAGUUUUGGUUUUGGGGAGGGAGGGAUAAACCUUUUCAGUUCUUGCUUGCCGUCGACAUAACCUAGUACCUUAUAUUGGGAGAGACCAGCCCUAACAAUCCAAACUAAGCAUAGACAUGUAAUGUAACUCAACUAAUCAUGUCAUCUGAUUGACUUGAACUUAAGAAACUAACUUUAUCUCCAAUCCAAUGUCUAAGCUAAAUCUGAUUCGGCCCCAACUCCUGUUACUGCACAUGUGAUGCAUCUUGGAGGGGUAGUAUCUGUGAACUUAUGAAACUUAGGAUGGAUACAAAUUAAAUGUCAGAAAUUUGUGGGUUUUGUGAUUCAUUACCUACUGUAAAGCUGUGUCAACCGAGCUAAAAGAGCUGGACUAGACUCUAUAAAAUUCUUCCAAAAUGCCGUAAUCAUAAAGCAGGCCAGAGUAGGGCGAUCAUGGUACGACCUCCUUUUCCUCAGUGGUAUUGUGAGACUCAUAUUCCUGAGCACUGCCAGAAAGCUGAUGUUGUAGCAAUUGUAAGCGGUCUGUGGAAAGUAGGCGACUUGGUUGAUUGGUGGUACACUGGUUGUUUCUGGACUGGGAAAAUAACUGAGUUACUUGGUGAUGACAAAUUUAAGAUAGUUUGCCCUGAGGUACCAAUGGGCGAGGGUGGAUGCUAUGAUGUCGAUGAUAUGGACUUGAGGCCAGCGCUCGAUUGGUCCCUCGAAAAUGGUUGGAGCACUCCUCUUUCACAGGAAAAUGGCGAAUGCUGGUAUACGGCUCGUUUGAUUACGCAGAACCCAGAUGCAGGAAGUAGCAGCUCAGAUGAGGACAUCGAGCAACCUUAUGAUGGUAAAGAGGAAGUACACAAAUGCUUGAAUGGAGCAUUUCAUACACCGGAAAAGGAAAUACAAAAAUGCCUGACUGGAGCAUCUGAUGCACCGGAGGAAAUGGUGGAUUCGGAUGUAAAGCUUCCAGCAAACUCAUGCUGCAUGAAAAUUCCAGCACAUAAUAAAGAGGAACCACAAAAGUGCAUAAAUAAAGAAUCUGGUACGUCUAUGGAGGCCAUCGAUUCAAAAGUGGAACUUGCGCAUGAAAAUAGUGAAUGCUGCAUCAACAAACAAGCAGAUUGUCCAUCGUCGCCAAUGACCAAUUCAGGAAAGUCAACCAACAUCUUCCUCACCAACGACCAAUUAAGAACUGUCAGUUUCAAGAAGCACAAGACAUCAACUGAGCCUGAGCUUCCUCACAUUGUUGGGGGGCUCAUGUUGGAACAGGAGAAAGUAGCAAAUAAAAUCAGGUUGGCCGAAGACCUCCUACUGUCAAUGAGCUCUGCUCCACAGAACGCACCGCCAAUGCCUUCCUGGAAAUUUCUGGAAAAUAACCCAUCGGCAAAGCAUAACUGAAGUUAACUUUGUCUAGUAAUCAACUUGCUGGGCAUCACCCGCGUGCUAGAGUGUGGUUCUCUAUACCAUUUGAUAUUACUAAGAUAGGUUACAUAGCAUGUCCAAAUUACCCUUUUUUUUUUGCCUUCCAGCCCGGUGGCUGUGAUGAUCCUGAUUCCUGACUCGCCUGACAAUCUGUCAAGCUGCAUCGUUGAUCUUAGAUAGCUCAUUUGGUGUACCGUGUACGUCCAUGUGCUGCUGAUUGUAAGCUGAGGCAGAUGGACCAUUCGAGCAUUGUUUCAGCAGCUGUUAAAUAUUUGUCAUGCUAAUUAUGUAGGGGUGCCAUAUCCAAAAAAACAGUAUAUAUCAUCUUUCUGGCAUGAUCAGGGGAA